AUGGACAGUGAACCUGCUGCAGCAGACCAUCCUGCUGCCAUGGUCAAGCUGUCAGACGCUGCUGUCAAGAGGUUGCGGCAUGUGCUAGAGACUGCGGCAAGCAAGGAUGAGAUCGCCCUGCGACUGACAGUGGAAGCGGGCGGGUGUUCAGGCUUCUCCUACAAGUUUGAUUUAGGGUCAGGGCCCACAGAAGAUGACUAUGUUGUCGACUGUGACGGUCAGAAGCUGAUAAUUGACAGCGUGUCUCACGAAUUUGUGAAGGGCGCCACAGUCGACUUUGCAGACGAGCUCAUAAAGUCGACCUUCGAGGUGGUAGACAACCCCAAUGCUGGAGGCAAGUGUGGCUGCGGAAGCUCAUUCACACCUAAGGACUUGUGA